AUGUCGGACCCACCCCCGGGAGGGCCCGAGCUCCCUCCCACAAACACCCAAGAAACCCACGCCAGCUUCUCAGUUGAAGACUUCCAGCCUCGAGUAUCGAUCGACACAGGCCAAAUCAUAGGGAAAAGAACGAGAAAUGGCGAAGCUUAUACACCCACCGAGGGCACAGGCCGGAUUACCACCAGAGAGGUGUGGAAGCUCAUCGACAACCUCAAGGAUAUCAUCCGUCGCCAAACCACGCUCAUCGAAUCCACCAAAGCCGACCUAGAGGAGGUCAAGCACGACCAGAACGUCCUCCGAGAACAGAAUGACAAGCUUCACGAAGAAGUCAGGGCGCUGAGAGCACAAAUCGAAGCCAGCCCACAACCAAACCCGCCUAGAACAUGGGCAGCGAUAGCAGCCAGCGGUACCAGUGACCCGCAUCCAUGCCUCCAACGACCCGAAAAGGACCAGAACUGCGUCCGCAUUAGCACGCAGAGAUCAUUGGUGGACCCGAGAGACAAUGAGAAUAGCGAAGGGAAUUCUUUCGGGCGAUACCUCUCUACCGACUCUGCUAACACCUAUAUCCGUUCAGCGCUUUUAAGCGCACCUUCGGCUCAAGAUGCCCAAGUGGCCGGCAUUGGCACCACUAAAACGGGAUACUUAAUUAAAUGCCAUCUCUACCACGACAACUACGGGUCAGACCACCGCGCCACGUACUCGGAAUGGAAUCUCCAAGCUCGAUUUAAACUCGUCACCAAGGCAAGGAAAGCGUUCGACCGGGCGGAAUGGAACAAGAUCGGCGAGGAGGUGUUGCGGCAAAUCGGCCCGUGGAAGGAAAUCAAAACACGACCAGCACUAGACGGCAUGGUGCAGAAACUCAUAGAAGCAACAACCGCAGCCGUAAAUCGGUAUACACCUGAUGUACGCCCGACACCAUAUUCCAAGCGAUGGUUUACCCCGGACCUCAAGGUUCAACAAACCAAGGCCAACCAGCUCCGCCGAAAAUGGCAGGAAUCCUGUGCCCAACUUGGACGAGAAGCGCACGAGUGCUUCUGCUCCUUUCGUCUCCAACCAAGGUGUACACAAAGUCGCGGUUAUUAG